AUGUCCGACAGCACCCACCGCGAGAGAUCCUGCUGCGGCAGCCUGUUCACCUUCCUCGUCGCCGCCGGCUUCGUCAUCCUCAUCUACUGGGCCAUCUUCCAGCCGCACCACAUCCGCGCGACGGUCAGCUCCGCCACGCUCGCCAACCUCACCGUGGCCCGCGACAACGCCACCGUCUCCUACCGCCUCACCGUCGGGCUCGAGCUCUACAACCCCAGCCUCCGCGUGCCCAUCUACUACGACGCGCUCGACGCCGAGCUCCGCGCCGGCGGCGGCGGCGCCCCCCUCGGCGGCCCCGCUGCCCGCGUCGCCUCCUCCCCGGCGGAGUUCCUGCAGCGCAGGAAGAGCGCCGACACGGUCAGGCUGGAGUUCGACGGGAGCGGCGGCGUCGGCGUCCCCGGCGACGUCGCCGGGGAGCUGGCGAGGGGGGCGGGCGCGGGGGCCGUGAGCUUUGAGGUGGACGUGGAUGCGCGGGUGCGCUACAGGUUCGCCAGCAUCAAGAUCCGCCAGAAGCCGAGGAUUUGGUGCUGGCUCACGGUUCCGGUCAAGCCGGAGGGUGGCGUCGGCGUCGGCGGCGCUCUGGCCUCCGGCGAGCGUUGUAGCGUUAAGUACUGA